UAAGAAUGACAUGUUUCUACCUGAUAAAAACCACUACUUUUUGCAAACGUGGGAAGAGAAGCAGUGGGCCAAGCAAAAACCGUGAGUUCUUGUCAAUAUCUUUUGCCGGGAAAUCGUCUUUGACGGAAACAACCACCGUUCACAACAUCGCUGAUAAUUGAAGCUUGAAUCUUCAUGGCUGGGUCUGCGUGUGCAUCUUCUUGUUGUGCCUCUGCGCUCAUUCCUAAAUCAACGACUCGAAUUUCAUCGCUCGUUGGCGGCAAUGCAAGUUUCGUCAACAACCGAAUUUCUCGUCUCUGUGUUAGGGUUUCCAUGGUUGACUCUUCCUCUUCCUCCUCAGAUUUUACUAAACGCAUGGAGCAAGCCUGGUUAAUCUCUCAGCAACCAAGACCAGUUGUGUGUUCGUCUUGCAACUCAAAAGGGCAUAUUGAAUGCAAAUGGUGUGGAGGUACUGGUUUUUUGGUUCUUGGUGACCACAUGCUUUGCGAAGUUCCAUCCAGAAACACUAGUUGUAUUAUUUGCACUGGAAAGGGAUCAAUGUGCUGCUCAAAUUGUCAAGGAACAGGCUUUCGUGCAAAGUGGUUGGAAGAGCCUCCUACAUCCUAGAUGUGGACAUAUGUUUUAAGUUGGGAGGAUUGGAUCUGUCUGACUGGUGCAGCACUCACUUUUGUUUUUUCAGCCAAGGCUUAUUAUGUUGUUGUAUUUUUCUCUGUAUAAUAACACGUACAAGUGUAAUUGUUAUACCAAAUGAAACAGAGUAUCCUUGAAACCACUGCUGUAGGUUUCAGUUUCAAACAUGUAAAUGCCAAGCUUCCUGUAAGAACACAAUGUAUGAAAGUUGUUUGAUUUUGCAAGGAACAGUUCAGUUAGGAUGUAGUUAAAAAAUUAUAUUGUUUUAUGUAUAAUGUAAUUCUUUGCAGUAA